UUCAAACUUCACGUGACCGCUAGAAGGCCCCCGCUUCCGGGAGCUCCGGCUCGGCUUCCGGGCCGUCGAGACCGUUGCCAGUUCAUUUCUCGCGGCGGAGACGCCCACUUCCGGCCGGCCGGUGCAACGCUGGUGGAGACGCAGAGCUGAGCCUGUAGCCUCCAGACAAAGGGUGACGCCGAGGCCCGUCGUCAUGGCGGCGUCGCAGCCCAGCCUGGCCGCCCAGAGUCCCGCGGUGCCGCUCCAGCAACAGGAGGGAGCCGGCGGCAGCGGGGAGCCGGAGCCCCAGCCCUCGAGCCCUUUGGAUCCCGUCCCCGCGCUGCCCACCUCCCCGGAGCUCCCCGGCGCGCUCGCAGCGCUGGGCUCCGCGCCGGAGGCCGAAGCCACCCCGAGGCCCGGAGGCGCCCGGCCCGGCCCCGAGACGUUCCGCCAGCGUUUCCGGCAGUUUCGCUACCAGGACGCCGCGGGUCCGCGGGAAGCGUUCCGGCAGCUGCGGGAACUCUCCCGCCAGUGGCUGCGGCCCGACAUCCGCACUAAGGAGCAAAUAGUGGAGAUGCUGGUGCAGGAGCAAUUACUGGCCAUCCUGCCCGACGCAUCCCGCGCUCGGCGGCUCCGGCGCCGGGCGGACGUGCGCAUCACCGGCUGAGCGUUGGAGCUCAGGGCUCCCAGGACUGGGGUCGGGGGCUGGAGCCUGGCCCCCUUCCCCAUGUUAAUAAUGAAAGGCGAGUUUUGACAGCU